AUGGGCAACGGGCAGAGCUCUCCGUUGCAGCAGUGUCUGAACACGGUCUGCAGCGGCCGCGGCGGCUGUGCUGGGUAUCCCAGUGACCCCCUCUAUCAGACCUCGUGGGUCAAGCCCUACAACGCGGCUAUCAAAGUGACGCCCAUCGCCGUCAUUCGGCCCAACACCGCCGACGAGGUGGCCGCGGCGGUCAAGUGUGCGGUGCAGUGCAAUGUCCACGUCCAAGCCAAGUCUGGCGGACACUCGUACGGCAACUUUGGCCAGGGAGGCCAGGACGGCUCCCUCAUGAUCGACAUGGCCAACUUUAAAAACUUCAGCAUGGACACCACGACCUGGCAGGCCACGUUCGGCGCCGGCAUCAGGCUCGGCGAGCUCGACAAGCAUCUACAAAAGAACGGCGGCCGGGCCAUGGCCCACGGGACGUGUCCCGGCGUCGGCGCCGGCGGCCACGCCACCAUUGGAGGCAUCGGCCCGUCGUCCAGGAUGUGGGGGACCGCGCUCGACCAUGUGCUCGCCGUCGAGGUCGUCACGGCCGACGGCCGGGUGCUCACGGCCAGCGAGCGUGAAAACUCCGACCUGUUCUGGGCCGUGCGAGGCGCCGGCGCCAGCUUCGGCGUCGUCACCCGCUUCACCGUCCGCACCCAGCCCGCGCCCGGAAACGUCGUCGAGCACACGUACAGCUUCAGCUUCGGGAAGCAGCACGAGAUGGCACCCGUGUACGCGGCCUGGCAGGCGCUCGUCAACGACCCCGGCCUCGACCGGCGCUUCUCCACGCUCUUCAUCGCGCAGCCCCUGGGCGCCGUCAUCACCGCCACCUUCUUCGGCACCAAGCACGAGUACGAGGCCACGGGCAUCCCCGCCAAGAUGCCCGCCGGCGGCUCCGUGCACGUCAAGCUCGUCGACUGGCUCGGCUCGCUCGCCCACAUUGCCGAAAAGGCCGCCCUGGGCCUCGCCGACACCCCGACGCCCUUCUAUAGCAAGUCGCUCGCGCUGCGCCAGCAGGACGCCCUCAGCCCCGACACCAUCGCCCGGCUCUUCAACUACACCGGCAGCGCUGACGCCGGGACCCCCCUGUGGACCAUCAUCUUCGACUCCGAGGGCGGCGCCAUCAACCAGGUCCCCGUCGAUUCUACCUCGUACCCGCACCGCGACAAGCUCAUCAUGUACCAGUCCUACGUCAUCAGCCUUUCGCUCAGCGACAAGAACAAGAAGUUUGCCCAGGACAUCCACCAAAUCAUCCAGAAUGGCUCGUCUCAGGCCGUUACUCGAUAUGCCGGCUACGUCGACCCCGAACUUGGACGUGCCGAGGCCCAGCAGACGUACUGGGGUGCCAGACUCCCCCGACUUCGCCAGAUCAAACAAAAGUGGGAUCCCGACAAUGUGUUCCAAAACCCUCAGAGCGUCGAUCCAGCCGAAAAGUACUAG